AUGGCCAACAAGAAAUUCUGCAAAUAUCAUAAACGUUACGGACAUUCAACAGAAGAAUGCCAAAACCCAUAUUACGUUCCUAAGCCAAGAAGGAACGACGAAAAUAACCAGGAGCCUUCACAAGAAGAAGAUGUCGAUGAACACUACCGACAACUCCUAACGCUAAAAAACCUCCUCCUAAAAACAAGCAAAAAAGAAAUUGAGACGCGGACGAGGAAGACACUCCCGCUCCCCGCGCUUAAGCAACAGAUCGAUAUGAUUUUCAGAGAAUUUGAACACUGCGGUGGCUCGAUGAAAUCAUUUGACACCCCCCCCCACCUGCACCCAAAAAAGACUCUAUGCCUACGCCUCAGGGAGCUAAGACGUUGCAAGGGGGGUGUAGAGGCAUAUGCCCCCAAAAGAAUAAACUUUAUAUCGGGCGGCUCAGAGUUCUGCCGAAAUUCCGUAAACUCCACCAAGGCCUUUCAACGAAAAGCCAGCUCCAGCUCGAAUAACCUCCGGACUCUGAACGAACCGGACACCGAAAUCGCUUUCCUUGAAAGCGAAACGCUGAACUUAGACAAACCACACGACGACGCGCUCGUAGUCUAG